GCAUCACCAUUUCAUCGAUACAAGCUUACUAAUAAGUGUUUCCUCUAAGUAUAUUUUCUGAUCAAACAAGUAAUCAAUCAAAAGAUGGAAGACAGAACUGUGAUCUUAAGUGUGCUCAUAAUGACUCUCGUCAUGGCGCAAACUCAAGUAGAAGCAGAGGUUUGCUGCCCGAACCUGAAUGCUGGAUAUAACCUGAUUAGUUGCUUGGCUUCAGGAGGCUAUGGGGAACAAUGUACAGCAGUGUGUGGAUGCAAAUACUUUUCAGAGAGUAGUUGCCCUCCGGAGUAUCCUAUUGACAUUCUCGGAAACUCUGCUGAUGCUGUCAAUAAAUACUGCAAGUUGGGGUGUGCAUUCUCUGUGUGCGGUGCCAUGACCACUUUCCAGAACUCCAACGCAAAUGAAAUUUGGAAUGCAGCGGCCGAACAAUGCACCAAGGCAUGUUCUACUAUAUGCAACAAGGGCUCUCUUACAGCAGUUAAAAACGCCUAAACAAGCAAGCAUAUCCCAAAAGAUAUCACACCUAAGUGUUGGUUUCCAUCUUAUCAAUAUUGUGAUGUAUGUGACAAAUAUGCUAGACUCUGGUUCUAAUAUUUGAAUAAGUUUGUUGCUGGUUUAUGUAUGUAUCGUACAAGGUUGUCGAUCUUCGAUUGUAUAUGCCUUAAUUAUAUAUCCUAUCAUCUAAAUAAACAAUAAUGUGCUUUAUAAAUAGUUUGCUUUCCAUUGAUAUUAUUCCACACUUGCUACAAA